AUGUCCUGCAGAGCUUACUUCCUGCUGCAAAGAGACUUCCAAGAGUUGAAAGAGAACAACUAUGAGGGUAUCACUGCCUUUCCUGUAAGUGAAGAUAUGAUGGAAUGGGAAGCUUAUGUUGAAGGUCUACAGAACACAAUUUGGCAGGGACUAUUCUUCCAACCGAUGAUAAAUUUUACAUCAGAAUAUAAUUUUGUCCCUCCAGUUGUGACAUUUAGAACCAUACCUUUUCAUCCAAAUGUAGACCAGCAUACUGAUCAACUUAUAGAUUUUUUGGACAGUCCUCAUAAGUGGAACACAGGCUAUACAUUGAGCAGCAUCUUACUUACCCUCCAGGUUAUGCUUUCUAAUCCAGUGCGAAAUCCAGUGAAUUUGGAAGCAGCCCAAACACUGAAAUCUGUUUACAGAGUAAUAGUUCAAAGACUGUUCCAUAAACCAUUACAAUUGAAAUAUGAUAGCUCUGAGUUAUCUAGACACUCAGAUAAAUGUAUCAGAUCAAUUAAAAUCUCAUUUGAUGAUUACUACGAGCCAUGCCCUGAAAUAGCCACAUCAAAAGCUGCAGAAUGUUACAGAACUCCAUUGCUUGAAGGUCCAAAUUUCAUUAGAAAGUAUUAUAAAUGGAAGAAAGUGGAGUUAAAACAUCAUAAAGAAUGGAACGUAAAGCAAUUUGCUUCUGCCAUGGCCCAGUAUGCUAGAGAAUAUAAAAGGUCUUAUAUAACAUCCAAUUAUCAAAUCAAAAUCAUUCAUCCCUGCCCACGUCCAAAUUCACAAACUGAAACAGAAGUUGUCACAAAGACUGAGAAACAGGAAGGAUGGAAGAGUGAUGAUGAUAAUCUCAGUGAUUCAUGGGGAAAAAAAGUGGAAGAUCUGGUCAUCUGGACCAACACUCUUGAUACAGAUACUUUAGAAGAUUAA